AUGCCAAUAGAAGUCAGAAAAGCUAAGACUGAGCAAUUCCGGAAGCUUAAACAGAAUGGCAGGUCAGUUCAAGACUACUAUUUAGAAUUUAUCAAUCUGGCUAAGCAUGCUCGAAAUAUGGUACCGGACAUGAGGGCAAGAGUGAGGAGCAGUAAUGGAAACAGAAAGUUCUUUAAGAACAAGUCAGCCGGACCUGCUCCGUCCACAGUAAGUACUCCAGUUUCCAAGUUCAGGAAAGAUAACCGACAACCGAAUUUCAGGUUGUCAGGCUCCCAGUCUCAGGCCAAUGUGACUCAGAGUAACUUCACUAAUCCGAUUUGUGCUAAGUGUGGGAAGAGGCACCCUGGGGAGUGCCGCUCUGGAUCGAAUGUUUGCUAUGGGUGCGGCCAGCCGGGCCAUGUUCAUCGAGAUUGCCCUUCAGUUAGACAGGGCACAGGAGGUAACCGGAUUCAGUCAGUAAAUUCAUCAGUUCCUCAUAAUAACCAAACUCAGGCAGGACGUGCACCAGCUAGAUCUGGCAACACAAGCGAUGGCCCAAACCGUUUGUAUGCUUUGACCGAGCAUCAGGAUAUCGGUGCCCUUACUGAUGUUGUCACAUGUAUACUCACCGUUUUCAGUUUCAAUGUUUAUGCUCUCAUGAACCCUGGAUCCACCCUAUCCUAUGUCAGCCCUUAUGUUACUAAGAAAUUUGGUAUUGAACCUGAAAAGCUAAAGGAGCCUUUUGAAGUGUAUACUCUAGUUAGUGAGUCAGUUAUAGCGCGACGUGUCUUUAGGGGAUGUCCAGUCAGAGUCUAUCGCCAUAUUGUUCCAACUGACCUAUGUACGGAACCUAUAUCUAUUCCACCUUAUAGGAUGGCUCCAGCUGAAUUACGAAAGCUUAAGGCUCAACACAAAGAUCUUCUAGACAAGGGUUUUAUCCGACCCAGUAUCUCUCCAUGGGGUGCCCCAGUCCUUUUCGUUCGCAAGAAAGAUGGUUCUUUGCGGGUUUUCGUCUAUUUCAGCACUAUUGACCAAGUUGAUGAAAAAGGAAGUUAA